AUGAAAAAUUGUGUAAAUUUAUUUUUUUUGUUUUACGCUUUUUUCAAACAUGUGAGUUGCCAAGCAGAUCAAAUAAUUAACGAAAAGUUAACCAAUUUCGUUUUUAUGAGUUGUAAUUACCAAAAGGGUAAGGCAAAUGAGACGUUAAUAAAAUCAGUAGAAAAGAGGAGACCACAACUUAUGCUCUGGGUUGGUGAUUAUUUUUAUUCAGAAUGUAAAGAUUUAAAAUGUUUAGAUGAAGUUUAUGAAUAUAUUAAGAAAGACCCAUUUUAUAUACAAUUAAAAAAAAAAUUUGUAAUUGAUGGUAUAUAUGAUGAUCAUGAUUAUAAUAAAAAUAAUGGAGAUCGAUUAUAUGAACAUAAAAAGGAAAGCAAAACGCGAUUUUUAAAUUAUUUAAAUGUUCCAAAAAAUGACGUAAGAUACAAAAGAAAUGGUGCAUAUAUAUCUAAAUUAUAUAUUGACCCAGAAAAUGAAAAAAACCAAGUUAAAAUUAUUAUUUUAGACACAAGAUAUAACAAGGAUCCAUAUCCUUUUUACGCCCCUGACUCAUAUCAUGAUAGUUUGACUCAUAUGUUCACUUCAUUUAUUGUUCGUUUUCAUGCUGCUUUGUUCGGUUUAUAUUGCGAUAGCAAAAAUGACAUUUUGGGAAAUGAACAGUGGACAUGGCUAGAAAAGGAGCUAACCAAUUCCAGUGCUCGUGCUCAUAUUAUUGUUUCUUCUACACAGAUUUUUUCAAACCACAUUGUAAACGAGAACUGGGGAUUAAUGCCAUUUGCACAGAAACGAUUGAAAGAUUUGAUGAAUAAAACAAAACCAAAAGGCCUUCUCUUCCUAAGUGGUGAUGUACAUUUUGGAAGCAUACUUGGAAAUGAAGAAAAUAUUAUCGAGGUCACAAGUAGUAGCGUAAAUCAGGAAAAUAUACUUAGUUCUAUCAACAAAUACAUUAUAUAUUUGUCAACACAUUUGUUAAAUAAGAAGAGCCCCUUUGAGUUAAAUAAUAUAUAUUCUUUUAACAAUUUUGGAUCUGUUAGUAUAACAUACACAAAUGAUAAUGAAAUAAGUGUUAAAUCAGCCAUUCAUGAUUCCCAUGGCAAUGAAAUAUUAGUGGCUAACCAAGUUUUUAAUAAUAAAAAAAAUAUAUAUCAAAAAACGCAGAACUUACACUUAAUGCAUGAUGAUCUGGCAACAUUCUCUUGUAAAAGCAAUGCAAAGGUAAGUAUGCACAUUGUCAUUUACGUAUUGUUUGUAUUAUGGUUCUUGCAAAUUCUUUUCAUUAUUUAUAAGCUCCUCGGGUUUGGAAAACGAAGCAAGAUCACAGACAAAACGAAAGGUGAAUAA